AAUACAAAGAUCGAAAACUGAGAACUGAAGAACAGGAAGAAGAAGAAGCUGGAGUUGUCUCCCACAAGGAAAAAAAUGGCACUUUCGUCACUCUCUUUGGGUUGGGUUUCAACAACCAUAUCCAACAGGUUAGAUUUGCCUCAUUCCAUUGAUGUGCCUCGAUUUGCUGCAUUUACUUCAUGUAAUAGCAUCAGUGCAUGCUCAAGAGAGACAGCCUUCAAUGAAGAAAGCCAUCUCGAGAGAAGAUCACUGCUGCUGGGAGUUGGGCUGCUAGCUGCAAAUUCAUUCCCUGCAAGUUCCCUUCAUGCUGAAGAAAUACCAGCAAACUAUAAAGCUUUUGUUGACCUUUCAGAUGGGUAUUCCUAUUAUUACCCCUUGGAUUGGAGGGAAUUCGAGUUCAGGGGGCAUGAUUCUGCGUUUAAAGACCGAUAUCUGCAACUGCAGAAUGUUAGAGUGAGUUUUAUACCAACUGAUAAAAGCGACAUCCAUGAUUUAGGUCCAAUGGAAGAGGUUGUUCCCAAUUUGGUGAAGAAUGUCUAUGCUGCACCCAAUCAAAUAGCUACAAUACUUGACAUGCAGGAGAAGGUGGUUGAUGGGAAAAACUAUUACACUGUCGAGUAUGAACUUACAUCUGCAAACUUUUCUCGGGCAUCAUUCGUAAUCCUAGCGAUUGGAAACGGGAGAUUUUACACGCUGAAUGUUGGAGCAAAUGAAAGAAGAUGGAAAAGAGUGAGGAACAAGCUCAAAGUGGUAGCAGACUCUUUCAAGGUGCUGGACAUCUAAAAUAUUUGUUGUAAACAACCUAAGGGCUGAGGGCUGCUGUUAGAGGUGAUUUCUUUUUCCUGAUAAUGAAGAGUUGGUUCAUUUGUUGUAUAUAUCAUCAGGCAACAAAUCAAAAAUGAUGUGAAGCUUGAAAAAUAAUUAUUAGUUUUUGUCCUGUUUUGGAUUAAAAAGAAACUGUUGAUUUGUUUACCAAACAGACUGAAAGUGCAAAUACCCAAAGAACCCAAGGUCAUUUGCUUUGUAUUGAGUUAUGAAAUGCAGAAAUAUGGCACAAACAGGGCAUUCAUGAAA